GGAUACAACUUCACUUUUAAUGAGUCUGAUAAUAGCUCAAGGCUCACUUUUCAUUUGAAUGCAUCUGAGAGCAUUAAUGUUGUGUGCAAAAAUGGAAAUGUAAAUGACAAUAGAACUACAAAUAUCACAGAUUCAGGUUAUAAUGCAAAAGCUCCAACAAACUUAACAACAACCUUCAAUGCAAGUGGAGUUACUUUAGAAUGGGAAGACACUGGACAUAACUGUACUUCUACUGUGUAUAAUGUGACACUUAAUAGUGCAUCAACCAGUGAAUUGACCUAUCAUAAUACUAGUGACACAACCAUAUUUAUAAACUCAAGUGAACUAAACACAGCAGAAAUCUAUGCAUACACUGUUAGAGGAUGGAAUGGACAGCAAAGUAACGUCAGUGAACCAUUCACACUUGCUCCUCAUGAAGUGAUGAAUGUUACAAUAGAUACAACUAAUACUACUGAUCCUUGUAAGAAUGAUAGUUGCUGUGCUGAUGUGACACUGAAUAUAAUACUGGAGUCACUAGACCCAUAUGUGAAGCAUCCAGAUCAGUACUACAACAUAUCAUACAAUUCCAAUACUGAAAAUAUACCAGUACCAUAUGAAGUAACAGAGUAUGGUGAAACAGAAUGGACUGGAUCAGGAUUAAAAUACAAUGAGACCUACUGCUUUACAGUCAUACCAAUAAAUGAUUUUAGCACAGGAGAGCCAAAAGAUAAUGAUACCACUACUGAAUAUCCAUGUGAAUCACCAGGAAAUGGUGGUGAUAAUGGUGAUGAUAAUCCAAGUAAUAAUGAUACAGGAUGGAUUGUAGGAUCUGUUAUAGGAGGAGUGGUUUUAAUAAUAAUACUCUUAGUAAUGGGCAUAAUAUAUAUAAAAUGUAUCCAAAGAUGAGGAAACAAAUUAAAAACAGACAAUACUUGUGCUUACACAGUUUGCGUGAAUUAAUGAACGAAAUUUCUUGCUGUUUUGUUAUAGUUUCUAAUUAACUAAUAAUAAUAAUAAUUUGAGGGUGUCACAAUAACUCAUAUGUGGCAUAAUUGGGUUGAUCAUAAA